UGGUCGUGUUUUUCUAGUGGCGGUAUUUCUACAAUGGUUUUGUCAUAUUCACAAUAGAACGUAGCGACGCCACGCGCCGUCGUCCACUGGGUGGCGGUAUGAGCGCGCGAGUCCUUUUCAGACCCACUAUUCAAUACAACGAAGAAGCAGAACCGGAAAUGCGCUUGAAAGUUGGAAACUUGUUCCCAUUCUCGCAGUGUUUCAUCAGCCACGAGUUUCCGCAACUGUCCGGCAAAAAGAUGGGCGACCCUGUGAGCGACUACACCGCCCGGCUGCAACAGCAGGAGCACGAGAUUCAGAGUCUCUCUGCUGAGAUCGAGAGUCUGAAGAACCCACAGAACCUGAGCUCCACACAACGUCUGGAUGAGCUUCGGGAGGAAAACGCCAGGCUGAAGUAUCGCCUCAACAUUCUGAAGAGGUUCUACCUCUGAUGCGUUGUGUCCUCAGAGUCUCCAGGAAGAGAGCGCUCGGUGCCCUAAAUCCAUGAUGAACAUCAACCAGCGUCUUCAGGAGGUGUUUGGAGAGGCCAUUCGAGCUUCUUGCCCUGAGCUGGACAACCCUCCGCUGGCCGUCACGCCGAACCAGCAGGCCAAGUUUGGAGACUACCAGUGCAACAGCGCUAUGGCCAUGGCCCAGAUGCUCAAAGCAAAAGGAAUCAAAGUCAACCCGAGGGAAAUUGCAGAGAAGAUCGUCCAGAACCUUCCAGACAAUGAACUUGUGGAGAAAACUGAAAUCGCAGGACCAGGGUUCAUCAACAUCCACCUGAAGAGGACGUUUGUGUCCAAACUGUUGACUAACCUGCUGAUCAACGGAGUGCAGCCUCCUCCACUGGCCUCCAGGAAGAGGGUGGUCGUGGAUUUCUCUUCUCCCAACAUUGCCAAAGAGAUGCACGUGGGUCACCUGCGCUCCACCAUCAUCGGCGACAGCAUGAGUCGGUUGUUUGAGUUUUUGGGCUACGACGUUGUCAGGCUGAACCACGUGGGAGACUGGGGCACGCAGUUCGGAAUGCUGAUCGCUCACCUGCAGGACAAGUUCCCAGACUACCUGACUGUCUCCCCACCCAUCCAGGACCUGCAGGCGUUCUACAAAGAGUCGAAGAAGCGCUUUGAUGAGGACGAAGACUUCAAGAAGAGAGCGUAUCAGUGUGUCGUCAAGCUGCAGAGCAAAGAACCCGACUUCAUCAAAGGCUGGAACCUCAUCUGUGACGUGUCCAGGAAAGAGUUUCAGAAGGUUUACGACUGCCUGGGCAUCCAGAUCAUCGAGAGAGGGGAGUCGUUCUACCAGGAAAUGAUGAUGGAGGUGGUGAAGGAGUUAGAGGAGAGAGGUCUGCUUGAGCUGGACGAAGGCCGUAAGCUCCUCUUCGUCCCGGGUCAGUCCAUCCCUCUCACCGUUGUGAAGUCGGAUGGUGGAUACACCUACGACACGUCGGACCUCGCAGCCCUGCGUCAGCGCAUCUAUGAUGAGAAAGCCGACAUCAUCAUCUACGUCACAGACAGCGGGCAGGGAACUCACUUCCAAGUGGUGUUUGCUGCAGCUCAGCUGAUUGGCUGGUACGAUCCUCAGGUGACCCGGGUGGAGCACGCCGGCUUUGGAGUGGUGCUGGGGGAGGACAAGAAGAAGUUCAAGACUCGGUCUGGAGACACGGUGAGGCUGAUGGACCUGCUGGAGGAGGGGCUGAAGAGGUCCAUGGACAAGCUGCAGGAGAAGGAGCGGGACAAGGUCCUGAGUCCAGAGGAGCUGACCAAAGCCCAGAGGUCCGUCGCCUUUGGCUGCGUCAAGUACGCCGACCUGUCCCACAACCGCAUCAACGACUACGUCUUCUCCUUUGACAAGAUGCUGGACGACAGGGGCAACACGGCGGCGUACCUCCUCUACGCCUACACCCGCAUCAGGUCCAUCGCUCGUCUGGCCAACAUCGAUGAGGCGGCGCUGAGGAAAGCGGCGGAGACCACGGAGGUUCUCCUGGACCACGACAAGGAGUGGAAGCUGGGCAAGUGCAUCCUGCGCUUUCCUGAGAUCCUGCAGAAGAUCCUGGACGACCUGCUGCUCCACACGCUCUGCGACUACCUGUACGAGCUCGCCACCACCUUCACCGAGUUCUACGACAGCUGCUACUGCGUGGAGAAGGACCGCAAGACGGGUGAGGUGGUGAAGGUGAACAUGUGGAGGAUGCUGCUCUGCGAGGCCACGGCUGCCAUCAUGGCCCAAGGCUUUGACAUCCUGGGCAUCAACCCGGUCCAGAGGAUGUGAGGAUCCACGGCGUCGGGAGGCGACGGUAAACACGUCACAGCCAAAACUGACCGGACUUGAAAAGAGAAUAGAAUAAAUCCAACGUGGAAGGAAAAACAUCAAGAGCUGUUUAACUUCUAAUGUGAAUGAUGUUUUUUUUAUUAAAGAAUCUCAUCAUCCACUCUGUCUUUUUAAGUCAGUUUAAUUUGGUAAAUCUAAAAAUUCAAAGCCUGAAUUCUUUGUCUUGUUGAUCAUUAAAGCAGAAGCUCCACGUUUUGAA